AUGCAGCAUGCACGUCCCGCUGACUCGAAGUCCAAAAAGUGCGGGGGAAAGCUGAAAUUAGUGUCUCGUCGUGUCGAUUUGCUACUGGUUUCGACUCUCCGCUCCAGCACGCAAGUAAACGCUAGAGACAAUCAUCGACUCCGCUCCUUCACGGAACAUAAGCUAUUCGAUAGGAAUCCGUCUCCGUCAAGAAGCGGAGCUCGUCAAAGCCAGUCACUCCACUCCGCAACAACGCAGAGACGUCACAACGACACUACUAGGACAGCAGCAUUACAAAAACACCUCCUGCGUCUGACCGAACAACCAGCUUCAACAUGGCGCCAACAGCAUUGCUUUCGACCCCGGCCUCGACCCCCGCUCCGUCGAAGCGAGGACAGCAAGCAAGUGCCUCGACCGAACAACAAUCUCUUUCGCAUCGGCUUUUUCUACUUGCAUGGCACGCCGCUCGACGCCAAACGCCAAACCAUGUUCGACUUCGUCUCACGCUUCUUCCAGCUCCCACUUGAAGAGCGGCUGAAGAUCGACAUGAACAACAGUCGACACUUCCGCGGCUACUGCAAGUUUGGCGACGAGCGAACACUACAAAGACAGGACUUGAGAGAUCAAGUGGACUAUGCACCAGAGAUGCAUCCGAUCCAGGACGCAGCUCUUUUGGAGAAGCAUCCUUUCCUCAACCUUUAUGGGCCAAACCAAUUUGUCAGCGACGAAGUCUGCGAGGGGCACAGGAGGAUUGUGCUGAACUGGUUUAAGACAGCGAACGAGGUGUCGAAUCAGCUUACCCGUGCUAUCGAGCUUGCACUCGGAGUCGACGAAGGAGAACUCUCGCAGUUCCUGACCGGCGAAACGAAGAAGGAUCAGAGGUCAGUAAAUGUCGCAGACCCCGCACUGGAAAAGCUGGGUCCGCUGCCGUAUGCUCGCAUGAAGACAAUCCGCUAUCCAACAGGUAACACGGUGGACGGCGUCACACGCUCGGAUCCCGCAAGCACUCAAGGUGUUGGAGCACACAAAGACAGCGGCUGGCUCACCCUUCUCGCUCCCUCCGCCCAUGUCGGUGGUCUCGAAGGUCAAGACUUUACCGGAUCUUGGCUUUCCAUCCCUCACGUCGAGGGCUCGAUCAUUGUCAACUUUGGACAACAAGUCGAGUUCUUAACCAAUGGCAUCGUUCAGGCUGCGACGCAUCGCGUCGUGUCCAACCCAUUAGGAACAAAGGACCGCUAUUCAGUAGCUUUCUUCAGCUCGCCCGCUCUCAACACCUUCUUGCAACCACUUGACUCGGACAGAUUCAGGAAAGAGCUCGUCGAAGCUUGGAAGAAGGCGGAAGCGAAGCGGAGCGAUGGGAACAUUGUGAGCGACGUGCCGAAAGGUGAUCUCUUUGCGAAGGCGAACGAACCAUUUGGCAGGAUUAAUUGGAGAGGUCUGGUGAGGAGCCACCCUGGAGUCGUCAACUUUUUCUACCGUCACAUUGUAGAUACUUGA